CGACAGGCCUGGUUGGGGACGGAGGAUAUAAGACUACACGCAGUGCGAGAGAACUGCAUACCAGAUACCACUUUUGAAUCACAGCUCUUGCAUCUUGCAAUUUUUGAACUCUUCAACCCAAUUUUAAACCUAAGAUUCUGUAUAUCAACGCACCGCAGCCAUGGCCGACAAGAACCAAACCUCCACCGCCCAGAGCUACCUCGACCAAGCAGCCGGCACCAUUCAAAGCGCCAUCGGCUCUCUAACCGGUAGCACCGCCGACAAAGCACAAGGCGAGAACCGCAAAUCCACCGCCACCGCAGAACACACCCUCUCCCACACCUCCGCAACCGCGGGCCCCAUAACCACGACCCCCGCCGGCGGCCUCGCAACCGCGAACCCAGACCGCAGCGCCGGCGCGUGGAACCAGAACGUCGGCGCGCUGAAAGAAAGCAUCGGCGGCUUCGUGGGCGCCGAGGGAUUGAAGCAAGACGGUAUUCAACAAAAUGCGGAGGGGAGGGGGCAGGAGGCGCAGGGCCAGGUGCGGGAUUUGGGGAAGGGCGUGCAGGAUCGCGUUGGCGGGGUUAUUGGGGGCGCGGUCGCGGGAGUGGUGGGGAAUGAGGCGCAGAAAGAGGAGGCGAGGAGGCAGCGGGAGGAUGGGAAGGCGAGGGUUAGGGGGGUCGAGGCGGAUUUGCAGAAACAGGCGGCUCAGUAGGGGGGGGGGGGGGGGACAAUACCCGUGUUGGGGCUCUAGACUGC